AGAACAGCGGACUAAACCAUCUUACUACAAUGAUUUGUCCAAUAGACCACCGGUGUUUAUUAUUAUUAUUCUAAAAAAAAAAUCCCUCAGUAUUCGUUGACGAACCUGAUUUAAAAGCGUUUUAAAACAAACAAUGGCGUUAAGGAGCAUAAAAGGACAAUGGAUGAAUGUGCGGACUGCUUUUCCUCUGGCGAUGCUGAUUGUGGCCAAUUUCGGGGAAAUUUCAGCUCAAAUACGAUAUUCCAUUCAGGAAGAAGUCAAAUUAGGGACUCCGUUUGGAAAUGUAGCCAAAGACCUUGGAUUAGAUCUUGGGAGGCUGGCGGACAGAAACCUUCGUGUGGUCUCAGGAACAAAGCAGGAUCUGUUUAAGGUAAAUUCGGGAGAUGGAGUUUUGUUUGUGAACCAGAGAGUGGACCGAGAGGAGCUGUGUGGACAAACCGUUCCAUGCGUAACAACUCUGAAAGCUGUUAUAGAAAAUCCUCUGGAAAUGCACCAAUUAUUAGUUGAGAUACAGGAUGUUAACGAUAAUUCGCCGAAAUUUUCCGAGGAAAACUACACAUUAGAGAUACCAGAAUCCACUCCAGUCGGGUCUCGGUUUCAAAUAGAAGGAGCCCAUGACCUGGAUGUUGGCUUAAAUUCCCUCCAAGCAUAUAAACUAAGCCACAACCAAUAUUUUCGAGUGGAAACUGAGGAAUUUGGAGAGGAUGGAAAGGUUCCCUUCUUAGUGCUACAGCGGCCUUUGGAUAGAGAACACACAGCCCAGCACUGGCUACUGUUAACAGCUUCAGAUGGAGGUAAACCACCUAAAUCUGGUAGUAUGAAUAUCACUGUUAUUGUAUCUGACAUAAACGACAACUCACCUAUAUGUGAUAAACAAAAAUACACCGUAACAAUAAAGGAAAAUGCACCUGUCGGGACAUUUCUGUUAACAGUAAAUGCAUCUGACUCGGAUGAUGGACUGAACGGUGAGAUAGAAUAUUCUAUAAAGAGUAAACUUAGAGGUCUUUCAACUGAACCCUUUGACUUAGAUAGUACAACUGGGAAAUUAACUGUAAAGGGGACACUUGAUUACGAGGAAAAGCAAAUUUAUGAGAUUAAGAUACUGGCUGCUGACAAAGGUGCCGUGUCUCUGUCCACACACUGCAACGUGUUUGUGAGAGUGGAAGAUGUGAACGAUAACCAACCAGAAAUAGACAUCACAUCCCUUUCAAGCCGUAUUUCAGAGGACGCACCACCUGGCACGGUGGUAGCACUGAUGGCUGUGACGGAUCUUGACUCAGGUGUGAACGGACAGGUGGUUUGUAGCGUACCUGGUGAUUUACCUUUUGAUCUGAAACCAUCCCCUGAUGGACAGUCUUACUCACUGGUUACAAAACAGUAUUUAGAUAAGGAGAAAAUACAAAUGUAUACAAUCACAAUAACGGCUAAGGAUUUAGGAACCCCCCCUCUUUCAGCUGUAAAGGUGAUACAGGUAGAUGUACUCGAUGUUAAUGAUAAUGGUCCUUUAUUCACCGAAAGUCCGUACACUUUUUAUGUCAAUGAAAACAACAAGCCCGGAGCGUCAGUUUUCUCAGUGAGCGCAUCUGAUGCAGAUGGUGGAGAAAAUGCAGUGAUUUCAUACUCACUUGACCGAAAAGGCUCGGGGACCUCUGUAACCUCAUUUUUAAAUAUAAAUGAAGCCAAUGGCACAAUUUCUGCCCUAAAGAGUUUCGAUUUUGAAACUUUGAAAACGUUCCAGUUCCAAGUUGUCGCCACAGAUUCUGGAACUCCGUCACUGAGCAACAAUGUGACAGUGAACGUGUUCAUUCUGGAUCAGAACGACAACGCUCCAGUCAUUCUGUAUCCACUCAGCUCCAACGGUUCUGCUGAAGGUGUGGAGGAGAUUCCACGGAAUGUCAACGCAGGACACUUGGUGACUAAAGUCAGAGCCUAUGAUGCUGAUAUAGGAUAUAACGGCUGGUUACUGUUUUCACUGCAGGAAGUUACUGACCACAGUCUGUUUGGUUUGGACCGCUACACAGGACAAAUCAGAACACUUCGCUCAUUCACAGAAACAGACGAGGCUGAACACAAACUGGUCAUACUGGUCAAAGACAAUGGGAACGUUUCACUGUCAGCAACAGCUACUGUGGUUGUCAAAGUUGUGGAGCCAAAGGAGGCUUUUGCAGCUUCUGAUGUGAAAAGUGCAUCAAAGGAUGAUGACAGUAAUGUGACUUUUUAUCUGAUGAUAACUUUGGGCUCAGUUUCAGCACUUUUUAUCAUCAGUAUCAUUGUUCUUAUUGCAAUGCAGUGCUCCAAGUCCACAGACUAUACAUCUAAAUAUCUGGAAGAUAAAAAUUAUGAUGGAACUCUGUGUCACAGCAUCCAGUACAGAUCUGGAGACAAACGGUACAUGUUGGUUGGGCCCAGAAUGAGUAUAGGAUCUACUAUAGUCCCUGGAAGUAAUGCGAAUACUCUGGUUCUACCUGACAGGAGAAAGGCAUCUGGAGAGAUCAUCUUUGAUGGAGGUGGUAUGGAUGACCGAGUACAUGUCUAG